AUGGACCUCCUAUUACCGCACCGUCUCGAGCGCAUAGACCUUCUGUCAAGCGAGUCGUUUGACUGUUUCGAUGCAUUCGGGCAUGGAAAGUUUCAACGGCGCCUCCUACUGCUCUGUACGCUGGCCACGUUCCUUGUGACCACCAACACAUAUCUCAAUCGGCUGGUGUUUCGAGACGUGGACCACUGGUGCAAGCGACCACCAGACGCCAACAUGUCCGUGCUCGAGUGGAGGAACGUGGCCAUCCCCCUGGAAGCAGAUGGCCGGUACAGCCACUGCAGCCGCUACGAAAACCCCGACGAGCCCAACGAUACGCGAACCGUGCCGUGCGAGGAGUGGGACUACGACGAACAGACCGUGGAGUCGUCCAUCGUGAGCCAGUGGAACAUGGUGUGCGACAAGCGGUCUCGCGUCACGACGAUCGUAUUGUUCCAAGUCUACGCCAGGAUGGUGAUCGGCGUCGCCGCGGGGUCUGUCGCCGACCGCGUCGGCCGUAAGCCCAUCGUCCUGGUCGCCGUGACUAUCCUCCUGGCGUCGACCAUCGCCACGAGCCUCGCGAACAGCUACCCACUCUACCUGGCGGCCAGAUGCUUUGCCUCCUGCGCAGCCUCCAGCGCGUACAUCCUUAUCGGCAUCACCUUCUUCGAGGUCACUACUCACGACAACAGGCCGCUGCACGUCGUCAUCGUCGGAGCCCUUGCCAUUGUAGCGUCUGACCUGUGGUUCGGAUUUGUGGCGCAGCUAGACCUGCACUGGGCGUUGAAGCAAGCGGCCUACUUAGCACCGACCUACCUGCUGGCGGCAGCAUUCUUCCUUAUUGUAGAAUCUCCGCGAUGGCUCGUCGCAAAAAUGAGGUAUGCGGAGGCCGAAGGCGUCAUGCUUGUCGCAGGAGAGGUCAACGAUUUCCCGCCCCACGACACAUCGCGCCUCAUAAAUAAGAUUAAGGCUAAUGCUGGCGCAAGGUCUCGAGUGAGCACCCAGGAAAUGUUCCAGGGAGUUUCGAUUAGGAGGCGAGCUUUUGCUAUUUCGGCCGCCUAUUUUACCCUGCACUUUACACUGUUCACGGUGGUAUUCUCCUCCAUAUUUCGGAACGCUCUGGUGCUGCAGUGGGUCUCCCUUGCCACUCUCAUCCCAUUCCUCGGCGCGAUGUUCGUUCUGAUAACAAGGGUCACCAUGUUAACAUUCACCAGCUUCUCAUCUGGGGCUCUAGGAUUGAUACUGUGCCUGCUAAGCUGGGCCGCCGGUUUCGAACCGCUGAUCGUCAGAGAGGCUCUCGUGGUCGUGGCCAAGGCUGUGGGACUCGUCGGGAACAUUGUCAUGUGCUGCUACAUCCUUGAGCUCUUUCCGACGGCCGUACGCGGCACAGUCUCUGGCUGGUACCACGGCUUCGGGAUGCUCGGAGCCCUUUCCUCCGAAGUCGUCAAGCCGUUGCAAAAGGCUGGCCGUGAGGACGUGGCAUUCGGCGUCGCCGCGAGUCUCAUGUUCGCGUCCGUGCUCGCUCUGAGGUUGUUGCCUCAAAACACCACCGUCGAGUGCGCGAAGGUCAGCGCGAGGAGCGCGAGGCAUGCGACCGCGUCGUCACUGGAGAACGUGGAACGCAUGAAGCGGACCCUCGGAGAGCAUGAGCAUGCGGGGCCGCGGAAGACCUGGGAUCACCGCAGCGUAUCUCAGACUUCAUUUGUCAAACCUUGA